AUGCCUAAGAGAGCAAAAACGUUGUACAAAUUUAAAUGCAUAGAAGUGAUGUGCAACACGAUCCAUCGCAAAGACAAAUGGUUGGAUCACUGUAAGAAGAAACAUAGUUACAAGUUUAAGAACAAUUUAAAAAUCAAUUAUAAAGUGGUUGAAAUAAAAGUCGACAACGGCCCAUGGCAAAAAUACGUUCCAGACCCAAGCCCAAGCCAAUCUACAUCCCUGGAUGACAUCCCUCAUACUCUGACGAGUAGGCCUACCCAAGACCAAGAUGAAGAUGUUUUUGAGCCAACAUCAGAAAGUUUCCAAGAUAAAUCUACCAGCGAGAUCGAGACUGAUGCAAUUACUCUACCACUACUAGAAGUCACAGACUCUGAACUAGAAACACAAAGAUCAAACCAAGAACUGGAAGAACAGGAACCUGACAAUUUUGGAACAAGUGAUGUAGAUGAACCAGACUCGGAUAUUUCAUCUAAUGAAGAUCACAGUGAUCCAGCUUCAUAUGCUAACCUCAAGCUCUCUCCUGAAGACAUAAAUGUGGCUCUAAAUUUGGAAAAUCAAGACUUAUCAUCAAUAGAAUUUCCUUCAACGGGUGGAAGAAAAUUUAAUCCUCUGUGGAAAAAUUGUAUAUUGCCCAAUAACAGUGUGAAACCUAGGAAGUGGCUAGUGUACAGUAAAAAAAAGGACGCUGUAUUUUGUUUGCCUUGCACACUAUUUGCACUUCCAACUGAACGGUCUGUAUGGGGAACAACCGGCUACAGAGGGUGGACAGAGCAUAGAGGAGAAAGAGAUUUUUUACUCCACGAGACUUCCAAAAAUCAUAUAUCUGCAGAGGUUGCCAGAAUUCAAUGGAUCUCACAAAAGAGAAUAAAUUCGAGCCUUGCUCAACAAUGUAACAGAGCAGUUGACCAAAACCGAGAAGUCCUGUCAGUUGUCUUUGUUUGUUGUAGUUACUUGAGUGAGGAAAUGAUUGCCUUUCGCAAAAACGAUGUUUUAGAAGGAAAGCUGUUAGGGUUAUUUAGACUUAUAGGAAAAUAUAGCCCAGAUGCGAGAGUUUACCUUGAAAAAAUUGAUAGAGCAAGGGCUGAGAAUGUAAGACUGGGAUCUAAUUUCUUGAGUUACAGGAAUAUUUUUGAUCUUAUCAAUACAAUGAGUGACGUGGUAGUUAAUAAAAUUGUAACAAGUGUGAAUUUAACCAACAUUUAUUCGAUUAUACUAGACUCUACCCAGGAUGUGAGUAAAAAAGAAUGUACCACUAUCAUAGUUCGCUACAUUGAGCACAUGGAUGAUACACAACAAACUACAAUAUCAAACGUAAAACCAAAAGAGCGCUUGGUCAAGGUUUUUACAAGUGGGGAUACAUCCGGGGAAAUGUUGUUUAGAGAGCUAAAUAAAUGCUUAACAGCCCUAAACCUUGAUCCCAAAGGUAUAGUGGGCCAGAGUAUGGACGGUGCAGGGAACAUGAGAGGGCAGUUCAAAGGUCUCAAAUCACUAGUCACAAAAGAAAACCCUAAAGCUUUUUAUGUAUGGUGCUGCUCUCACAGGUUCGCCCUUGUUGUAGAGCAGUCCCUUGAUAUAUGCUGUCAAAUGAGGAAUUUGUUUUCAUUCUUGGAAGAUUUGUAUGUUUUCAUGUCAGGCCACAGGAGACACCACCUUUUGCUCGAAAAUCUAGAAAAGGGGGAAAAAGAAGCAAGAGACGCUUAAAAAGAGUACAGACUACUCGUUGGUCGAGUAAAACUGACGCCCUUCAAACCAUUGUGAGUUGUUUUGAAACAAUAAGAGAUACAUUGCAAGAUUUUUCGACUGACAAGAAUUCUGACAACAACACCAAAGCCAAAGCAAUAGGCCUCCUAAAGCAAAUGACAGAUUUUGAAAAUAUAAGCACAAUAUACAUAGCAUCUUCUUUGUUCGAAAUAUUGUCUCCCAUAACAAUUUGUUUUCAGUCACCUACCAUUGAUUACAGUAUAGUCCCAAAAGUUAUUAAAGAAACACAGGAAAAACUGGCGUUCAUGCGCCAAGAUUCGGCGUGGGAAAAGAUUGAAAGUGGCAUUACUUCCUUUGCUGAAGAACACAACAUUUCUUUACCCACCAGACAACGAAUCAGAAAAAGGAAAAGAUUCAUGGACGAGUUGGCAAUUGAGGAAUGCAUAGAAGACCCUAUUAAGAAAGUAAAGGUUGAUAUUUAUUUCAACGUUCUAGACUCUCUCUAAAACCAGCUAAAUGACAGAUUUCCAGAAAGUUCUCUGGCUAUGGUGUCGCAGAUGGGAUAUUUUUCUCAUGAUGGAAUUUUGAAGAUGGUAGAUGAUAAGAAAAAAGGCCUAAAAUGUAAUCCAUCUUCAAUUGAGAAUCUUUGUGAAUACUACAAUCUAGACAAGGAAUUAAUUGUAGAUGAACUAGACAUCUUCAUUGAUGUUUACAAAGCUACUCACUUGGACAUAGAUAUUUCUGAUGUCAUGUCUGAGAAGAAGAAAUCAGAGAGAACCAGUACUGCUAACCCCGAGGAUAGUUUAAGUUCUGACCAUGAUGAAGAUGAAGAACAGGAGGACGUUACAGUGACUGACAAGUUCAAGAAAAAGAAAAAUGUUGACGACUGGGUGAAAAGAGGAUUUAUUAGACCAUACAGGUGCCUAUUGAAUCUAUCAGGAUUCCCUCAUCUCAGUAUACUUUAUAGGAUACUGUUGUCUCUGCCAGUCACAAGUUGUUCUGCUGAGAGAACUAUGAGUCGGUUGAAGAUAGUUAAGAAUCGUCUAAGAAGCACCAUGGGGGAUAUUUGGCUUUCUUGCUCAUUCUUUCUUGCGAGAAAGAAAUUCUAAAACAGAUCUCAAAUGAAGAAAUCAUCAACAGGUUUGCACUUUCAAGUGUGCAAAGAAAAAAACUUCUUUUGUCAAAAAUUUAAGAAAAGUAUCAAAUGAAGCCAAUUUCAACCUUUCAAAUUUACACCCUAUUUACCACACAGUAAUCAAGUAACUAUUGUAAUGUUUUAUUACUUUUUUCUUUUUUGUAAAAGUUGUUAUUGUUAUUGGUAUUAGUAGAUAGAAUUUACAAAAUGUACUUGUUCAGAUGAUAUCUUUAUUCCAAAAAUCAAACCAUUUAAUGAUACAUUUUGUUAGAUUUUUGUUAUUUACUCUUGUAAUGUAAAAGUAAAUACAACCUACAACACAACAUCAGUAACAACCUGUUCCAAUUUAUAAUAAUUUAGAAUACCUAAACUUGCCAACAUUAUAUAUUAAUUUACAGCUAUGUUUAUUCUAUUCACUUGUGAAAACUCUGGUUAUUGUUAAACAUGAUGCCUCCACCAUAAUAGAAACAAAAUUAAAUUAAUACAUUUAUUAAACUUUUUAAUACAUGCCGUUUUAUGAAAUACAAUUUACAACACUAUUUGGAUUAUAAUAUGUUGUACUAUACUAUUUGGAUUGUAUUGUAUGAUCAGCUGUAAAUUGUAUCUCAUUGUUUUCAUGACAGCAACAUACUAGACUAGUGACUAUAAUUGCUAUUGGAACUACAGUAUAAUUACUUAUAAAUAAAAGUGUUUAAAAUGACAUAUACAUUGAA